AUGAAUAAAAUAAAUACUCAAAUCUAUCAAUAUUUAUUUGUAAAUAAUAUCAAAUUAAAUGGAAGACAACUGUUGUCAAACAAAAGAGAAAGAUUUAAUUGUUUGAAUCCACAGAAUCAUUUCUCUAUGGAUUGUCUAAAUGGAAAAUCAUUCAACAUGCUAUUGCCACCGCCCAGUGAUAUCGCUGCCCUGGUAAAACAAUCAACUGCAAGAGUCAUCAAUCUUCAAAGAGUCACCGAGUUCGAAUACCACUUAAAAACAAUCGUUUGGAUAUUACUGCACUGA